GCAGUAGUGACUUGCGGCAAGAAAGAAACGAUCGCUUGAUGUCCGUGCACACCUCGGACGAAAUUGGAGACGUUCAGUGAAAAAAUCAGCGCUCCAACUGGUACUGGUAAGGAGAUAGCGGGUUUAAAGUGUCCUCGCGCAUGAGAACGUGCGCAUACGUAUAAUGUUGAGGACCAAUUUAAAACCCGAAGCCACCCAACAUAAUAGCAUCUAGGUAUCCGCGAACGUGAAGUAUGACUCCUGUGGUACUUGCGUUGUUUCUCGCAAUAGCGACCUUUGUCCAUGGCCAAGCUCCAGGCGACGGCAGCGACCUGUGUACGGAGGACAGCAUUCAGGGGUUCCCUAACCCGUUCUUUGAAAUCCGCCCGGUGUACUCAGCUAGUGAGCGGCCUCUCAUGGACUCCAGAGACUACCUUCGCCUGCUUCAGGAAAGUGGCGACGCGUAUGUACCGUGGCAAAGCCUGGAUAGGGACAAUAACAAUACAAACAUGGUUGUAACUGAGUGGACUCAAACUGGGACUGCCACAUGCCAGGGGACAGUGACAGCAUGUGGAUUCAGUGUUGGAGCUCAAGAGAACUGGCUCAUCACACAGCACAUCAACACAGUGCUACCAGGAGGAGGAGGAGAGAGACUGAGGAAAGUGACUGUUCAGUUUGAGGGAACUCUCAAUGGAUGUGAUAUCAGUAGACAGUGCAGACAGAGUUUUGAACUAUACAAGUGGGAGACUUCAGCCAUCGACAGAAAUGGAGCAACUAACACCAACAAUUAUGUCAGAGUUGGUCGAGUCUCUCCCUCUGUUACUAGUGGAGUCACGUCCUUUGUUGAUUCUCAUAGUAUUGAAUUGGGUACCACAGGUGGAUUUUACUUGGGAGUUGUUGACUUGAGCACUUGUGUUACUCUCACAAGAAUUCUAGUUCUCUACUAUGUGUGUCCACAGGAGACAUCAGAACUCAUCUCCAGAACUGAGGCAAUUGAAUCCCAAUCUCUGGAAGGCUCGCCUUCAGUGGAGGGAGAGUGUGUAGAGAACAGUUCCACAGAGUCUGGGACUAAUCCUAUUCUCAUAUGUGGUGCUAGGGGACAGUGGCAGGUGAUAAAACCUUGUCUCUGUAAUCCUGGGUAUGAGCUGGACGGCAGUCAAGACCAGUGUUCAGAGUGUCCAGAAGGAACCUUCUCAUCAGGACUGGGUAAUGGACCAUGUGAGACGUGUGCAGCUAACAGUGAUGGGACUGGAACUGCUCUGAGCCUCUGUCCAUGUCUCCAGGACUACUACAGAGCUCCUUAUGAGGGGCCGUCCGUCCCCUGUACACAGUCUCCAGGCCCUCCAUCUGAUCUCAGAGUGUCAAAUGUGACCAACACAUCAGCCGUCCUCUCCUGGUCUCCUCCUGAUAAUGGUGGAGGGAGACCUCUCUAUGAGAUAGUCUACACCAUCCACAUACACGAUGGUUCUUCCACUCUGAAAAAAGUGGUAAACAGUACAGAGACCAUUGUGACUGGACUGACACCUGGUGUCCUCUACACAUUCUCUGUAUCUGCUGAGAAUGAUGUCUCCUCUCAGGACAACAAUAUCAAUGCCAGAACUGUCAAUAUCUCUAUAGCUACAGUACCUUCUAGUGUUAGAGACAUUCAAGAGCACUGUACUGUUGUGGUUUGGAAGGAACCGGCAGAAACUAAUGGUCCUAUUGAAAGCUACCUUUUGACAUUCAGGAGGGAAGAUCUGUCCACGUCAGUAGCGUCUAGUCCUACAUACCACUAUUACGUUAUUCAACCACGUGAUAUCCCACCUGGAGUUGGACCAGUUACAGUGGAGGUGAGAGCUAGGAACGCAAUAGGACUUGGUCCUUUGUCACAACCACCAGUGACCAUAUACUGCCUAAGUGAGAACCCAUCUCCCGCUCCAAUGCCGACUCCAACCACACCAGAGUGUCCGUCUUGCCCCCCACCUGUCACCUGCUCUCCUGCUGCAACCCCUCUCCCUUGCCCAACCUGUCCCUCUUGCCCUACUCCCACCUGCCCUCUAAUUACGAGUAGCCCCUGUCCUAACGAGUGUUCACUGUGUCCGUCGAUAGCUGAAAGUCCACCUGAGCCCUCAUCUCCACUACCACUGCUGUGCCCCACACAAAGCUCCUGCCCUCCAUGUGAAGAGUGUCCCAUGGAAGAGUUUAAUGUGCCAGCUACGUAAUGUGCUGGUGAGGAACAUUGUCAGUGUCAGAGGAAGGAAUAUGACAAUCAAUUGGAUCCCCUCCACUGGCACUGUCUCGAUCAAUAGGCUCUGUCCUGUGACAAUUACUGAAGGUCUGGCAGCAAAGAGCACUCUCUAAUGAACUUUAUACCACGUUGGACAGCAUAGUAAUUGACUAGUUGUACUUUUGUGUGACUCUUUCAAAACAAGUGCCAUUAUGUGUCUAAAGAACUUCACAGCUC